AUCAUACUACAGGUAUCUUAUCGCUCAACUGUUCAAACUGUUAACAACCGUCCUCCUCUGACGAAUAAUUUAAAUAGUGUGGUUUCGAAUAAUGUUGUGCGUUUUAGUUCCAAAAAGUUGCCCAAUUUACUUUUGAAUUUGUGAAACAUGUGGGCAGACGAGGAUGAACCAGCACCAUGGGAUAUUGAAGAAACUCCAGAGGAACAACCCGCUGAUGAUGCGCCUGCAGAAGGAGCUGCACCGGCUGCUGCUGCAGCUCCUGGAGAAAAGCCAAAAAUAAAAUUAGAAAAAAUUGAACCACCACAUUACAAUCAUCACUGGGUCCGUCCUCUCUUUCUCAAUUACGCAUAUCUUUACGACUACAGGAAAAAUUACUACGACGAUGUGAUUGAUUAUCUCAAUCAAAGACAGAGAGGCAUAUUUCGUGAACCUCCCAGGGCUCAAGAAUGGGCUGAACGAGCAAUGAGAACCUAUGAUGAGAAGAACACUGAUAGAAGUUACAAAAGAUCUGCAGACAUGAAAAAUAUAAUUAAUAUGAGACACGAACCUAGAUACUACAGUUAUCACACUCGGGCGUAUUACAGUUUGAAGUACCAGAAGAUCCUUUGAAUUUAUUUUUUUUUUGAUAAGAAAAUGUAUAACCCGAUAUUAAAUGAAUCGUCAUUCGCGGCAUAGAUAUAGAUUUCGUUGCAGUAUAUUUACAUGUGGUUUGUAUCGCUUUUACUAUUUAAACGCAUAUUUCAUCUAUGAUAUUUAUUUCCGGCCCAACUCUUCAUACCAUAAACAGAAAGCAACAGAAUGUUUCGCGCAUACAAAUUGUCACUUGUGCUUGAUUUUUUCAGACAUCAAAUUCGUUGUAAUCUAAUAUGUAAACAUUUUAUAAUAAUUGUUAUCUCCUUAAUUAGUUAUUUAUUUUAUGCAAUCGUCCGAUUACUUCGAGAUAGAUAGUCCUAUCUACGAUAUACAUGUAUAUGCACUAAAUUUCGAUGCAUACUGUAUGUAUACUGCUACUGAAGCACUUUGAAAUACACUUGUAUUCUCAAACAUUA